CAGCAACCCUGAUGCCCUCUUUUUCCAUGUGAAAAGCACCGUAAAAACCCUGGCAAACCAUGCUGCACUGCGUAAGCACUCGGUCAGAAGCGCUUUCCAGAAUGCGCCGCAAGGCUGCAGAUCCAUGGGGCUGCCGCCGCGAUUCCAACUUCAGGAGACAAACCAUGACCGAUCCGGUGGUAGACAAGAUACAGCGCCAUCCCAAAUACCAGGAGCUGCGAUCCAGACGCAAUCGCCUGGGCCUUUUUCUGACGCUGCUGAUGCUGGUCGUUUAUUACGGCUAUAUCGCGCUGAUUGCCUUCGACAAAUCCUUUCUGGCCCAGCCCAUUGGCGCGGGCGUGACCUCGCUGGGCAUUCCUAUCGCCAUGGGCGUGAUCGUGUUCUCGGUGAUCGUCACCGGCCUCUACGUGCGCCGUGCCAAUGGCGAGUACGACAAGCUCACCCAGGACAUCCUGAAGGACGCCACGAAAUGAAGAAUUCCGCACAACGCAUGCUGCUGGCGCCCGCCGUGGCGCUGGCCCUGACGGGGCCCGUGCUGGCCGCCGGCGGAGAUGUCGGCGUGGCCGCCAAGCAGGCCACCAACUGGACCGCCAUCAUUCUCUUCACGGCCUUCGUCGUGGCCACGCUGUGGAUCACCAAAUGGGCCGCGGGCCGCACCAAGUCGGCGGCCGAUUUCUACACGGCCGGAGGCGGCAUCACGGGCUUCCAGAACGGCCUGGCGAUUGCGGGCGACUACAUGUCGGCCGCCUCCUUCCUGGGCAUCUCGGCCUCGGUCAUGGCCAGCGGCUAUGACGGCCUCAUCUACUCCAUCGGCUUCCUGGUGGGCUGGCCCAUCCUGACCUUCCUGCUGGCCGAGCGCCUGCGCAACCUGGGCAAGUUCACCUUCGCCGACGUGGCCGGCUACCGCUUCUCCCAGACGCCGUUCCGCGCCUUCGCGGCCAGCGGCACGCUGGUGGUGGUGGCCUUCUACCUGAUC